AUGUUAUGUUUAGAUUUUCCUGCAUGGCUUGAUGGACUUGGACUUAAAGUUUUAACUCCAAAAUUCCAAGAUAAAAAUUGGGAAACAAUUAUUGAAACAAAUAUGGAUGGCUUAAAAGAAUUUGAUAUUACUUGUAGAGAAAUUAGAAAAAGAUUAGCUAUACACUUUGAUAUAGUUAAAAGAGCUCUUGCGAUAUCGAGAGGAGAACAAGUACCUCCUCUUGAAAAAAAGGAUCCUAAACUUAUUUCACAAGCAAAAAAGGCAUUCAAGGAAAAUUCAGAAGGACCUGAAGAAAUCGAUUAUGAAAUGAUGAAUGAUAAUUCCUAUUUUCUUCAUUCAAUUACCAAUGGGUUAGGAAGAUUUGCUCCAUUAUUUGAAGACAAAAAUUGGAAAGAAAUUAUAAAUAUGAAAACUGGAGAUUUAAAAAGGAUAAGUAUUACAGAUGGACUUGUAAUAGCCAAGAUGAUGAAAGGAUUUAAAUAUCAUUACUUUCGUGCCAAAGAAAAUAAUAUUAUAUAA